GCCACCGCUGAGACUGUCGAUCUCGGACCUUCGCAUCCGCCCAAGGAGGAUUCCAUUGUCGCCUUUACUCAUACAUUGCCUGAGAUCAAACACGAGCUCAUCCGGCUGCGUCGCGAAUACACGAAACACGAACCCGAAUACUUUGCUGCCGUCGAGCACCUUGAAGACGAGGAUCUCCGCAAGUUCGACGUUUCAAAUCUAACGGCCGUCCGCGUCGCGACAUCCGCAUAUGGCAUCCAUCUCUUUGGCAAGAUCCGCAUCCCAGCUCUGCCUGAUUCGGGCCCUGCAUAUAUCCACGUCCGCCUCUUCAUCAGCGAGGAGCCCGCCAAGCUGCACAGCAUACAUACCGAGGAGAGAGAGGAGGCUGACGGGGACAAGAAGUACCGGGCUAUCUUCACCGAGAACGAUGAGCUUGAGUGGUUCGAUACUUGA